AUGUCUGGCACAGUGGUCUGCCCAUCCCAAAGGGAAUCUGCAAAUCGAGCGUGCACCCCAAGUGCAGAUCUCCGUCCUGAGUGUGGGGAGGGAGCACAACCAGUGAGUAAGGCCGUGCCUUGCUGGUGCCUUACGGGCUGCGCUCAGAAAUGCCCUCAGGCUCCCAAGCUCCCAGCGCCAGCCGUCACCACUGUCCCCAGGUCCCGCCUGCUUCGGCCCAGCCACGAGACGGACUCGUUCUUCCCAGACUCCAAACCUAUGCAUCGGCUCUGCAUUCAUCUCUCUGGGGCCGGGCUCCUCCCCUUCCGGACCUUGUGGGACGCAGCCACCGCAUCACUGGCUCUGGGCCUGGGGCUCCGCCUGCUGGAUUCUCGCAGGAGCACGGAGCCCGGCGUCCACCAAAAGGCUCCUCCCAACCCCGCAGAGCCAGGACAUGGGCAACAAGAGGCCAGCCUGGUCCCAUCCAGUCAGGCUUCUGAGUAUGAGCUGGGCCUUGUCCGAAGGCUGCAGGCUAGGCACAUGCACAUGAAGGAGAAGACUUUCACCAAAUGGGUCAGUAACACGUUCCAGCUCUCCCCGGUGGAAAUCAAGAUCCAGAACCUGUACACAGAACUGGCUGAUGGCACCCACCCGCUGCGGCUGCUGGGCCUGAAAAUGUCACUUCUGGUUCAGACCAGUUCACCAGGCUGCAACAUUGCCCAGAGUGGGGGACCGGCCUACACUCCAACCACACAGAAAGCCUUCUCUUUCCUGCCAUGUCCCAUCCUGCUUCUCCCUGGGGACCACCUGGCUGGGGUGCCAAUACCCCUCAUUGGGCCGAACAUCGUGGACAGAGACCAGACACUUAUCCUGGGACUCCUCUGGGUCAUUCUGAGUUUCCAGAUUUCCCACGUCUCCCUGGACAGGGAGGAGUUUGGGGCCAGUGCAGCGCAGCUGGCUGCCAAGGAAGCUCUGCUGGUCUGGUGCCACUACGCCAACAUGGACAUCACCGACUUCUCCUGCAGCUGGAGUGAUGGGCUGGACUUUAAUGCACUCACUCAUCCUGACAGGCUAGACCUGAUGGACUACAGCUCCCUGCACCCCAGCCAGCCACUGCACAACCUCACCUGUGCCUUCCACAUGGCUGAGCAGGAGCUGGGUAUUGCUCAGCUGCUGGCCCCCGAGGACGUGGCAGCCCUACAGCCAGAUGGGUGCUCCAUCACGACCUACCACUGUAAUAGGGGCAGACAGCCCCGUGGAGACUCUCCAAGGUUAACCCAGGUCCUGCUCCAGGUCCAGGAGACCGAGGCGCUACAGACCCAGUAUAGGAAGUGGGCGGCUGACCUGCUCCACUGGAUCACAGAGAAGUAAGUACAGCUGGAGGCACAGGAUUUCCCAGACUCCUUGCCCACCAUGCACCAGCUAUUGGCAGCCUUUAUUUCCUUCUGUGCCCAGGAGAAGCCACCUUGGCUACAGCAGCAAGGUGACACACAGGCUCUACUCUUCAGGCUGCAGACAGUGCUCCCAGCCCAGAACCACAAGCCCUUCCUGCCUGCCAAGGGCCUGGGCCCUGUGGAGCUGUCCUGGUGCUGGGCAGGGCUGCAGCGGGCACAGGCUGCCUGGAGCCAGGCCCUGUAGCAGAGGCUACUGCAGCUGGAAUGGCUGGAAACCCUGGCCCAAUGCUUCCAACGUAAGGCUGCCCUUCGGGACAGCUCAAAAGCCAUGGAGCUCAUGCUGAACCAGGCCAGAGCCCUGCCAGCCAGCGCAGCCAGUGCAGCCAGCCAGAGGCUGGGCAUACUGGAGGCCAGCAUUCUGCCCCAAAAGGGCCGCCUCCAGGCCCUGGGUAGAUGGGCCCACAGGAGGGCCCUGCUGGAGCAGACUCUGGGGCGGGCAGAGCUGCUGCACAGCUGGGAGGAAGCGGCCUUGCUCGAAGGGCGCGCACGGUUGCUGGAGCUGACAGCGCUGGGCCCGGACCGCAGCCAGAUCACAGGGGCCCUGCAGAAACAUAAAGCCCUAGAAGCAGAGCUCCACCGCCACCAGGAUGUGUGCGCAGACCUCGUGCAGAGGGGGCGCGACCUUAGCGCCCAGGGGCCCCCUACGCAGCCCGAUCCCCGCAAGCUGACGGGAGCUGUCCAGGGAGCGUGGCAACUGCUCUGCAACCCAGCAGCACAGCGUAAGUAACGGCUGCAGACAGCCCUGCUGGUACAGCAGGUAAAUGCGCACGUGAGCGGCUGCAGGCGCUCAUGGGGCUCGUGUGGUGGGCGGGACCAGGAGCCCUCCGAGGUCCUGCUGCUGCGCCGCCUGCGGCUGGAGCGCUCGGUUCGCUCCUUCGCGAUUGAGCUUUGGCAGCGGGACGAGCAAGCACAGGAGCCGCUGCACAGGCGUCACUCACGGUACCGCAGGCUGGCAACACAGAGGUGCCACAGGGCUGGGUUAGUGGAGAUGGUGGCUCUGUUUGGCUUCUACAGCUCCUGUGGGGAGCUCCAGCCCUGGCUAGGGGAGCAGAUAGACCUGUUCCAGUCACGGUGACCCCAGGCUGACAACUUGAAGGUCAUGCAGCUCAGAUACGAGAUACAAGCUUCCUCACUGCCUUGGCCACAGACUAAGGUCACCCGCCCUGGUGAGCAACUGAAGCAGAGGUAUCCUGGGACUCCAAAAAUCCAGUGACAAGAGGCAGACCUGAGCCAGAGGAGAAGGGCCUGCCGCUGGCCUGAAGCGUGGAAGUGUGUGGUCUCCCACAGGAAUGUAGAUCCGCAGACCCAACUGCAAGAUGUGCUACUCCAGCUGGAAGCCCUGGAACCACAGCGCUCCGAGGACAUCCACGGCGCCCUGCAGUUGACCCUGCAGAAGGUCCGGGUGCUGGAGAGCAGGAUCCACUACCUCCAAAGGGCAGCCACAAAGUACAGCCAGAUCGCGGUGAGUGGGCGCUCACAGUUGUCACCCCUUUCCUUGGGACACACCUGUGCACAGGACCUAUGCCCAGGGCACUGGGCCCAGGGUAGGCCUGACCAUGCAGUGGCCCUGUCUCUCAGGGUGGCAGAGUCAGGCCCCCUGGAGAGCCAGCACCUGCAGGAACAGGCGGAGGUGCUGCAGGGGCUGCUGAAGCAAGCACAGGACCCAGGGACCCCCCAGGGCUAGGCUGGAGCACAGACCCAGCAGAGCUGACUACAGGAGAGCUGUCAGCUGCUGCGUGGGGCAGAGGGUAUCCAGGCUCAGCUGCACAGUGAGGAGGAGCUGGUGUACGUGGCCUCAGCCCAGAGGCUGCUGAAGAAGUACAGAGAGGUGCAGGAGGAGAUCCACCUUUGGCAGGAGAGGUCAGGACGCAAGGGCAGAUGGGGCCCAGAAAGGGAGGGCAGGAAGAGUGGUCACCAGGAGUGGCCCAGGCUGGUGUCCAGCAUGGCACCUGAGUCAAGCACACGUCUUCCUGAAGGGAGCCAGGGCCAACACAUGCAGUCCUCAAGCAGUGACCUCCAGAGGGAGGCUGAUAAGUGUCCAGUGGCCCCCAAGAACUUGCCCCCUGCUUGCUGUGCCCUACUGCCUGGGAGGAGGGAACUGGGAGAGGAGCCAGAUACAGUGUGGCCCUCUCUGUUUUCGUGGACAGGCUGCAGCAGCUGGAGGCUCCUGGGCCAGCGCAGCUGGGAGCUGAAGGCUGUGAGUGAGUGGAGACAGCAGUUUACAAGUUUGUACAGGUUUGGCCGAGAAGUGGAUGGCUUCACUGCGGCCUGUGCUGACUGCGAGGCUCUCCUACGCCUGGACAGCCUGGGAGAGGAUGUGAGGGAGCCCCAGAGCCUCCACACUGCUGCACACAAGUGAGUCUGGCCUGCCGCCCUUUCUUCCCUGAGCAGCUGCAGAGCAUCCGGGCAGGCGAAGUGGACCAGGGUCCAGGAGAGGAAUGCGCAGAGGUGGCAGCAGCUGCUGGCUUCCCUCCAGCUCCAGGAGUAGAAGCAGGAUGUAGCAGGGCUUAUUCUGUGGAGGGAGCAGAGGUGGCCAGCAGUGGCAGAGGAGUCCUCCCGGGCACCUGGCAACAUUCUGCAGAAACUCAGGUGGCACCAAAUGGCUCAGAGAGAGCUGCUAGCCACCCAUGGGCACAUGGAGGGCCUGCAGCAGGCUGGGAGACAGCUGUAGUGCAGCAGGCCACAUGCCCUGGAGGACCUGCAGACCAGCCUUCAGGGGCUAAGUCGCAAGUGGGAGGAGUUGAAGCACAAGAUGGCAGAGCGUGGGGCUAAGCUGCACCAGGCUGGACAGCAGGAGCAGCUCCUGGGGCUGCUGCAGGGCCCCUGGAAAGGGGCCUGGGGCAGGGCUCUUUCUAGUGUGAAAGGGCCAGAGGCCUCGCUCCCUAAAGUUGGGGUCCUCUUGGUGGUGAGGCUCAAGUCCCUGGAGGGCCACCUGGCCACCAGGCGCCUGCAGGCAGGCUCAGUUCGGCUGUACCAGUUCGGCCUGGGGAGCUUGGAGCUCACUUGGGUGGCUAAGCACAUGCGGUGCCGGGACAAUACCCAGAGCCUUCAGUAUAAGCACAAGGAGCUACAGACCGAGGUGAGAGCCCACCAGGGGCAAGUGCAGAGGGACCUGAGUUCUGGCCAGAGUUUAGUGGCCUCUGGGCCUCAAGCACAGCACGUCACAGAGCAGUGCCGGCAGCUGCAAGGCCACUGGGCAGAGCUGGAGCAGGCAUGUGGCUCCCACAGCCUGCAGCAGGUGGCUGCUUCCCAGCAGUACUUUCUACACGUGUGAGAGCUAGAGGUCUGGGUGGAAGAGAAGCUGGCCCUGGUGAACAGUCAGGACUAUGGUGGAGAUCAGGCAGCUACCUUCAGUCUCAUUAGGAAGCACCAGGUGCUACAGCAAGAACUAGCUCUUGGGCUGGGUAUUAUGGAGGGGUUGGAGCAGAGGGCCCAAGCCCUCACUGGCCCCGAGGCACCUAUGGUGCAGAAGAGGCUCUGUGGGCAACUUCAGUCACUGCAGGAGUUGGCAGCCUCAUGCCUCCCAUGGUCUUCCUGUGCCUCCUUGUCCCUGAAUCCCGAGUUUCAGGAGAAAGCCUCAAGCCUCCCUAGUGAUGUGGGGGACCUGCAUGUGGCAGAGGGCCAGAUUGGGUCUCAAGAGGAACUGGAGCGUGAGCUUCUGGGCACCGAGCGCCAGUUGCAGGAACUGCUGGAGGUUGGAGGUAGGGUGCAGAAGCUGUGUCCAGGGCCUCUGGCUCAGGCCUGGGAGGUCCUGCGGCUGUGUGUGGAUGGGCGCGGGGCCCAGCUGGCAGGUGACCUCGUGGCUCGUUUCCAUGCUGCAGUGAGGGACUACACUUCCUGGGCAGCCGGCAUUCAGCAGGGACUACAGGCUGAGGAAGACCCCUGGGAGCCCAGCAGAGGCCCAGUUGUACUCUUCGCCCACCAACAGUUUAGGGCAGAGCUGGAGGUCUAGGAGUAGCUACAGCAGCAGGCUGCCCAGCUGGGCCAACAGGCGCUUUUGGCUGCUGGGACACCCGCCAAGGAGGUGUGCCUGGAGACCAGCACCCUGGGAAACUCAGUGGAAGAGGUGGGGCGGUUGAUCCACAAGCACGCGGUCUUCCUGGAGGUGCUGACUGCCCAGGGUGAGAAGGUGACCGGCUUGGGCCUUGUGGGCACAGUCAAAGCAUCGGGAGGAGCAGUAGUCCAGACCUGGGAGGGAGGGGAAGAGCUGGAGGUGCAGAGGCUGCUGUGGAAACAGGUGGUGCUGGAGCAGGAAGUGAGCCUCACUCAGGCGCAGCUUCCUCCACAGUACCUCACGCACAAGGUGGGCUGUCUCUGCCAGACACACCCUGCGGCAGUCCCUGGCCUCAGUCACAAGCAUGGAGAAAUGAACAGGGUCCAGAAGUGGAGGGAGUCACUGGAAACCAGGCACCAAAUUCACCUCCAGGUGCUGCUGCAGGAACUGCUGGUCUGAGUCCAGAGGCUGCGGGCUGAGGUGAGCAGUCGGGAUGAGCUGGAUGCCCAGAGAGACAGCAUCAACCUGGCCCAAACCACCAGGCAACAGCUGCUCACAUCUGGGCACCCACAGGCCCUGGCUGCCUUGGACCAGGAGCUGAGCAGCCUGCAAGGGGCCUGGCAGGAGCACCAGGUGCAGCUGCAACAGGCAAUGGAGCUGCAGCUGUCCCUGACCUCUGUGGAGAAGACAGAAUUCAAGUUCUGCAGUGAGGAAGCUCUGGCCAAUGAGGGCCUGGAGGACCCCUUGGCCGAGGUGGAGGAGCUCCUUCAGAAGCACAAGAGGCUUGAUCGGUGCCUGGAGGCACAGGUGGAAAAAAUCAGCACACUGGAGGCCACAGCCCACAGCCUGUACCAGGGCAGAAACUCUGAGACCCAGAAGGCCCCGGCCAGGAGCCAGGCCGUGCUCCUGAGGUACCCAUAUGUAUUCAAGAGGAGAGUCAUGAUGCGCCUUUACUGCAAAGGGCACCAAGAAGGGCUAGAAGAUCACACACACCUGCGGCAGCUCUACAUCCUGCCAGGUGAAUACAGGGCCCACUCUUCCUGCAGGAAAGAGUCCCUCCUCCAGCGAGCCAGGCCCCAGGGUCACCAGCUAGAGCAGCUGCAGACCUUUCUGCAGGAUUCCCUCGAGCUACCUUGGCUAGGGUGGGUGGCCACGUGGCUGAGGAAGAAUCUAGUGGCUCUGGAAGGGGGCUGGCAGGACUCCGCUACCCGGCAAGCACUGUUGCACAAGCAGCAAAACUUGCAGGCUAAGCUGGACACCAGCCUGUACCAGCAACAGGAGCUACAGCACGGGCAGAGGCUGCUGCAGGGUGGCCACCCAGCCUCAGAGACCAUCCAGGAGCAGCUGAAGGAGCUGGAGCUCUGGGCUGGGCUGCAGACCAACUGCCAGAGGAAUGUGGCCCAGCUGCAGAGGGCCUGCAAGCUCACUCAUAUUCUGCCUCAGGCCCUGCAGUGGAGUGUGGAGGAACUGGAGAGUUGGCUGGGGCCUGCAGAGGUGGAACUGAGAGCCCCUCUUGAGGGCCAGGACCUACCUGGGGUGGGCAAGCUCUUGAGGGCCCAGAAGGAGCUGGAAGCAGCCCUGAGCAGGCAGGCCCAGGCCCAGUCCCAGUCCCAGUCCCAGUCCCAGUCCCAGUCCCAGUCCCAGUCCCAGUCCCAGUCCGUCCCUGCUUCACCAGGCCCAGGUUGGAGCAGGGCAGGUGAGUACUGUGUCACCACCCUCCACCGCUGCAAGUUCGAGAGCCUUUGGGAGCCUCUGCAGGGACGCAGGACAGCCCUGGAGGCCUGAAGCCUCCUCUUGCAGUUCAGGGAUGCUGACGAGGAAAUGGCCUGGAACCUGGAAAGUGAGAUAAGCAGCCACGAGGCAAUGGUACAGGUGGUGGUGGGCAUGGGGCCCAAGCUGGUGCAGACCGGGCACUUUGCUGCCCAUGAGGUGACCGCCCAGGUGCAGCAGCUGAAGGCAGCAUGGAGGCAACUGUUAACGCAGCAGGCCCAGGAAGCCCAGCAGCUUCUGAUGGAGGUGAUAGGGCAGGGAUCCUGGCUGGCCAAACAGGGCCAUGUCCUGAACAGAGAGGAUGUGGGAAAGCCUCAAGGUGCUGGCCCAGAGCCCAUGGGAGGCCCACAAGUAACUGCUGCAGAAGGCAGGGAACGGGGCCUGUGGGAGCAGCUGCAGCUCUGCCAGCUGGAGCAGGAGGCUCUGUUGCUUGAUGCCUGGCUGAAUGCCAGGUUAGCCAUUGCUGAGUCCCAAGAGUAUGGGCUGGACCUGCAAGGUGUCCAGGUGCUGGAAGUGAGAUUUGAUGCUUUCAGCAGUGAAGUGCAGAGCCUGGGGCAGGUCAAGGUGCAGGCCCUGAGGGAGCUAGUGGGCUCCCUGGAAUGGGGAUCCCCUGGGUGCUACCCCCAGAUUCAAGGCCAGAAGAAUCACAUCGAGGCCACUGAGAGGCUGGACAAGGCAAUCAAAACCCAUAGAGGUAGAACUUUUCUCAGAGCCAUUGCCCACAAGCUCCAUGGCUUUGAACAGAAGGCACCAGAGCUCCAGGGCCUGAUGCAGGAGAAAACCGCCCAAUUGGAGGGAGAGCUCCAUGGCUGCAACCUGUCACCUGUGCAGCCCUUACAGCACAAUAGAAAAGAGGCAGCACUGAUGCAGACAGAGGCCUGCCAACUGGGCCAGCAGCACCCUGUGGCUCAAGAGGGCCUGGCUGAGCUGCUGGCCAAGGUGCAAGGGGCCUGGGCCACCCUGGAGAUGAAGGCCCAGGAGCACAGCCAGCAACCGGCACAGGCUGUAGGUGGUGUCCUUCUCUGUAAGGAUGGGCAAGUGUGGGCUCAGGAGGGGCAGGCACUGGUAUCCUCAGAAGAGCUGGCUGGGGACCUGGUGGGGGCCGAACAGCUCCUUGGGCAGCAUAAGGAGUUCAGGCAUGGUCAGGAACACUGUCUUCAAGCCCAGACUGUGCAGGAAGGACAGCAGCUGGGGGAAAAUGGCCACUUCACAUCCCUAGAGGUGGCACAGAGCCUGCAGGAGCUGGAAGGGCAGCAGCAGGAGCUACACACAACCUGA